UCGCGCGACUAUUUUAUAUCUUAUGCGUGUGUAUGUGUGUGUGUGUAUACUUUACCUCCCGCUGCGACCGUCGAUGGCAUUUCUCUUCAUGGUGUGCGCCUCCGGACCGCUCCAAAGGCAGCCAGUUAGCUUGACCAGUCGGCCGACCAAUCAGUCACGGGGGUUCAUCGCGUUGCUCUCGCAUAUCUCUGUCACGCUCUAACCUCUCAGUCGUAUCCGUCACGCGAGUCAUCUCGCUCUCGCUUCCUUCCUUCGCCCUCUUCUCUUUACCGCACCUUCGUUCCCCUCUGCCGCGCUCCUCUCUCUUCUCUUCAUCCUCUUCCUCCUCCUCCUCCGCUGCCGCCACUGCCCUCUUCCUGUGUCGCGUUGUACGUAUCGCGCCGUUUGUCUCUUCCUCUCCCGCCUAUAUCGUCCCUCCCUCCCUCCUUCCUCCCUCCCUUCCUCCUCCUCCCUCUCUUCUCACUCGGGCUUCUCUUUCCCUCCCGCUGAAAUCGGCUACAUCGGUGUAUCAUCGUUGCGCGAUUUUACGUGCUCCCGUGUGCAUUACGGACGACUCCAGGUAUCCAGGAUGCAAGCUAUCAAGUGCGUGGUCGUCGGUGACGGUGCUGUUGGUAAAACAUGCUUGCUGAUAAGUUAUACCACCAAUGCAUUUCCUGGGGAGUACAUUCCAACGGUGUUCGACAAUUAUUCCGCAAAUGUAAUGGUUGAUGGGAAGCCGAUUAAUCUCGGUUUAUGGGAUACAGCGGGACAAGAAGAUUAUGACAGACUGCGGCCAUUGUCUUAUCCGCAAACUGAUGUCUUUCUGAUUUGCUUUUCACUGGUGAAUCCGGCGAGCUUCGAAAACGUUCGCGCCAAAUGGUAUCCUGAAGUACGUCACCAUUGUCCUGCCACUCCAAUUAUUUUGGUUGGCACCAAAUUGGAUCUGCGUGAAGAUAAAGAGACUAUUGAACGUCUUAAGGACAAGAAGCUAGCUCCCAUCACAUACCCUCAGGGUUUAGCUAUGGCGAAAGAGAUUGGUGCUGUCAAAUACUUGGAAUGCUCUGCUCUGACGCAGAAAGGUUUGAAGACUGUGUUUGAUGAAGCGAUACGCGCUGUAUUGUGCCCUGUUCUGCAAGUGAAGCCAAAGCGCAGAUGUUUCCUUCUAUAAUAUUAAAUGUAUCCCUCUUUGCACGUUGGUACUGGAAUGUGUUAAAGUGUUUCAUUGUCUCAUCUCCAGUGUACCAAACUCGAAUCGAAUCAAUCGGACAAGUUACCGACAUUUGGAACCCCAGUUGUACCAGCCUAUGCCAGCGUCAACAGGCUGCAAACAUCUGCCAGCAUAAACGCACAAAUACUAGUUCGGUACAAAAUUUCCAGCGAGCAAAACAAGAGGGUUUCACGCAAGAAAAUAAAUUUGGAAUAUAUAAAUUCAUUUUUAUGUGGCCUCCAACAUCCUAUGAGAAAUUAAUCGAGAAGUUUUUGUGCUGUCUCACACGAACAAAGCUUCCAGUCUAGACAGUCUGAUAAUAGGGCUAUAAAUGCAAAUCGACUGGAUGUUCUAAGCAAAAAGAGUGUAAAAGAAGCCAAAAUAAUUGAAUUAACUGCUGUACAGUAUACUAGAAUAUCUAAUUAAUAUUAUAAUUAAUAAUUAUGUAUGAAUGGUAAAAGAAGCAAAUAUUACUAUAUAAUUGUAUAAGCGUCCAAACAUUGAUUGUAUACUGAUCAGUUUAAUCAAAGAGGAAAACCAUUUUAUGCUAUUUGCCAUUGUACAUUUUAGGUAGGACAUAUAUAAUUAACAUAUUUAAAAAAAGAAAAGAAAACAGUAGUUUUUCCUUAUUGCGAAAAAAUUGCAAUAUAUGUAUCAAGAUAUAAAUUUGAAGAGAGAGAAAAUAUUUUUUAGAGAUAUGCAUAGAGUACAUGGCAAAUCUGUUUGGACGAUAUUCAUCUAGAUGUUCAUUAUAAAUGUGAAUAACAGAGAAAAGAGAGUAAUUUCACACGCAUACAUUUCUCCAAGUACUUAGAGCAACUAUAGUUUUCUUUUUAUUCAAAUAUUCAUUAACAAUAUGUUAAAAGCUUCAGAGCUUUUGACAAGAUUGCUUUUGUAAAGAGAGUUAGCUGUUGAAAAUCUCACAUCAACAAAGUUUAUUCGUUUAAAAUCCCAGAUUUCUUUAAGAAUUUGUAUAUAAAAUCUAAUUGAAGACAUUAGAUGUGUAAUCAGAUGUCACUCAAUGUUAAGUGUACAUGUCCCAUAUUUAAAUUCUGUUCGUAUAAUAGUUUGACGAUAUUUUUGAUUUGAUAUAAGUUCAUAAUGAGAUACAAAAAUGAUGUUAGAUAUGAAUUUAAAAAAAUGUCUAAUAGCUAUACAUUUUCCAAGCGGAAUCAAUAGCGCAGCGGCCGCAUAACAUGGCUUCCUUCUUCCACUAAAUUGGUUAACAAUUAUACAUAAACAUUAUAAUUACUAUAAACGUUACAUACCAUAAUUUAAGGGAUAGCUAACUAUUGUACAAGAGUUCUUUAGAUGUAUGUGAUAUAAGUAUAAAAUUAUAAAAUUUGCAGAUUUUUCUGCUUCAUUUGCAAAUGUAUCAUACACGAUAUGACCUGUGAUUACAUGCGAUAUGCAUUUUUUUACAGGAACUGUCGUGUUAUCAGACCGGAAUUAAAAAGAAUAUUGCUGUUAUUAUCUCGAAAACAAGAUAUAGCUAUUGAAGCAGAGAAUUGUGUGAAUGUUCUGUAUGAAAGAAUAUGUGUGAGAGGAUGAUGUGAGAGAGUGAAAAAUUAUCAGUGUGAAGGAGAGAAAGAAUACAAAAAGUACGAGUGUAUAUGUAACAAGAAAGAAAGAAUA